GCAGCACGGUGGACAGACUCACCUUCUCAAGGCUCUGCUACACACCGGACUUCUCCCUAGGUUACAGAAGGGAGAACUAGAGGUGGAUUCAGCCAGAGUCCAGGAGGAGGGUGGGAGAGACGAGAGUCUAGGAUUUGUAGAUGAGAAGGAAGUGUCUAAGAGAAUUAUGGCUUCCGGUGACCCAUCCUCGACACCUGAGGAACAGUGUCCCCAGCUUAGCACCACGGUGUCCUCACCAGUGGUGGAUGAAGAGAUCCCAGGACUAUCAGAACCAAGGGUGGAGGCCAUCCCCCAGCCUCCAUCCGCCAGUCCAAAGAGGAAGAGGGACUUGUCAUCGGAUUCUGAGGAUGACCUUGCAGAGCUUUGGGACCCUGAACCCGAGCCAGUGUGGUCAGUGGAGAUACUGUGUGGGCUCAGGAUGAAGCUAAAGAGGCAGCGUGUGUCUACAGUGAGGCCUGAACACCAUGAGGUCUUUGCCAGGCUGCUGGGUAGGUGAUACCUGCAUGGCUCCCUCCUUA